AAAAAAAAAAAAAAAAAACCGACCCUAACCCUAAGAAGAUUCAAUUCGAAACUUUGGCCGAUCGUCGUCGAUCUUGGCUCCCUCGAGCUCAGCGAUGGCGGUCGGAGUUUCUUCGCAGCUGCAGCUUAAUAAAUUUAGUGUUCGGAGGAAACACAGCGGUAUAACUGAUCAACCCGAGAGCUCGGAGCUGAGGAGCUGGCGCCAUUUGCGUUCGCAGAGUAUUUCGUUGUCAUCUUCACGUGCUUCGCGACAAGAUUUACGGAGUCCCAAUGCAACAGAUAGGAUAUACAGAACACUGAAUUAUGCCCCAUGUAGAUACAACCGUUUCCAAUGUUAUUGUUUUGGUAUGCCAAGCUUUUCAGAUGGGAUACCUCUUCUUAAGAAUACCACCUUGGCACUGUCUAGGUCUUAUAAUGUUCUGAAGGAAAGUCCUCUUUUAAGUCGAUCUUACACUGCCCUGGCGGAAAGUCCUCUUGUGAUGCAAUUAGCCCCUGCAAUCGGUAUCAUUGCUUUUGCUGUGUGGGGCUUGGGGCCUCUUAUGCAUUAUGGCAGAACCCUGUUUCUUCAUAGAAGUGACAGUAACUGGAAGAAGAGUAAAACACACUAUGUUUUGACCUCGUACCUUCAACCACUGCUGCUUUGGACUGGAACAAUACUACUCUGCAGGGCACUAGGUCCUGUAAGUUUAUCCUCAGCAGCUAGCCAAGCUGUGAAGAAGCGUCUUUUGAACUUUGUACAAUCAUUGUCAACUGUACUGGCUUUCGCAUAUUGUCUAACGAGGUGAUUUCCUUUAUCCAGACUACAACAAUUCUUCAUGGAGAAGUAUAGCUCAAAUGACAGUAGAAAUAUGGGUUUCCAAUUUGCUGGCAAAGCUGUGUACUCUGCUGUUUGGGUUGCUGCAGUUUCUUUGUUCAUGGAGUUGUUGGGUUUUUCAACUCAGAAAUGGGUUACUGCUGGAGGCCUUGGGACAGUGCUGCUGACCCUUGCUGGUCGCGAGAUAUUCACAAACUUUCUGUCGAGUAUCAUGAUUCAUGCCACUCGCCCAUUUGUUCCAAGGGAUUGGGUUCAAGCUAAAAUCGAGGGAUGUGAGGUUUCUGGAAAAGUUGAGCAUGUUGGCUGGUGGUCUCCUACGAUUAUAAGGGGUGGAAAUGGUGAAGCAAUUCAUAUCCCUAAUCACAAAUUUACUGCUAAUGUUGUGAGAAAUCUUAGCCAGAAGACUCAUUGGCGUAUUAAGACACAUCUUGCCAUCAGCCACUUAGAUGUUAAUAAAAUUAAUAACAUUGUUGCAGAUAUGCGGAAAGUUUUAGCAAAAAAUCCUCAAAUUGAACAGCAGAGGCUUCACAGGAGAGUAUUUCUGGAAAACAUUGAUCCUGAAAAUCAAGCUCUUCUGAUUUUGAUAUCAUGUUUUGUGAAGACUGCACGUUUUGAGGAGUAUCUCGGUGUCAAGGAAGCAGUUUUGCUGGAUCUCCUCAGAGUCAUUAGCCAUCAUGGAGCUAGGCUUGCUACCCCAAUUCGUACUGUGCAAAAAAUGUACAAUGAUACCAAUAUGGACAACAUCCCCUUUUCCGAGACCAUAUUCACUCCUGGUGGGCGAACUAGCAACCGGCCAUUUCUUCUAAUAGAACCCACUCAGAAAAUCAACGGCGAUAACAAAGCAAAACCACGAGCUUCACCUCAAUCAAGUGAAGAACAAGCCUCAAAAAGCACCAUAGCAACUGAUGGAACAAUGCAGAACAGCUCUGAGAAACAAAAACCCAAGAAAAAUUCAGCAUCAGCAUCAAAAUCAAAAGGGAGUGAAAAGCCUCUAAUAGAAGAAACACAGGUGGAGGUUGUUGUUCCUCAUACAGUCAAGAAUGAGAGUGAAAAACCAGCUUCUUCUCCUUCGGUGACAAAGCCAGCCUUUGGAGAGAAUAUUGUUCUAAAUGUUGCCCUUGAGGGCUCCAAAAGGACACUACCUAUCGAAGAAGAGGUAUCGGUGGAUGCAAGUGAAAUGGCUGCAAGUCAUAACAGAAAUGGGUCUUCUCCUUCAAAUAUUAAAGAUAGGAAAGAAGCCGUGGACCAGAGAGACAAGGAGAGGUGAGACAAGGAGAGGUGAGACGACUAAUAAAUGCUUUGUGAAGCUGUUAAAGAUGAAAUUUGGUUAAGUUGCCAGAUCAUGGAAGUUGGUUACUUGUCGAGAGCCCCCCUAUAGUAUCGACUAAUUGCGGAUGGACCCCCUGUUGCAGACAGACCAUGUAAGUGAAUUUUUGGACUAUUUCUUUCCCGCAGAGAGAAAUAUUUUCUUGACAAAUAGACCAGUGAGGGUAAAAGAGUCAGAAAAUUCACUCUGGGGUCUAUCUGCGACAAUAGAACCGUAGGAGGUACCUAUCCACGAUUGUUGGCAAUAGUACCGUUGUCUGUCCGCAAUUAACCCUAUUGAAGUUUUUCCUUCAUAUUGUUCACUGUAUAUAGUACAAUAUCUUAUACACAUUUCUGAUCAGAGGUCUCUCUGAUUAACAUGUUGCAUCACAGCAUCUCAGUCCAAAAUCGUGUCCACUCUGAUUGUUCACCAGUUUGUGAAUUUUACUGUUGUACCAGAUAAUUUGAAAAUACUUUUUGUAGUUUAUUUCCCAUUUGCACCA